AUGCGUGAUUUUGUUUACAUUCUGAUAAUGGAAGUAGCAAAAUCCUCAGCAAUAGUCAACUGUAUCACGUAUGAUAAUAAAAACCUGGAUUACAAGGAGUUUUUACAGUCUUGCAAAAGAGUUUGCAUUUUAGGCGUUAAUUAUACACCGUCUACUGCAGAAGAUUUAGAAGAUCUAAGGAAGGAUGUUAUGUCAAGAAUAUGGCUAACUUACCGAAAAAGUUUUAAUGCUAUUGGUGGUAUUGGUGGACCAACCACCGAUUCAGGAUGGGGUUGUAUGUUGAGGUGUGGACAGAUGAUGCUAUCCCACUCUCUCAUUGUAAGGCAUUUAGGGAGAGAUUGGAGGUGGACAAAAGGCACAACAAAUACAACUUAUUGGAAGAUAUUAAAAAUGUUUCAUGAUAAAAAAUUAGCACCAUUUUCUAUUCAUCAAAUAGCUUCAAUGGGGGAAAGUGAGGGUAAAGAAAUAGGGCAAUGGUUUGGUCCUAGCACUGUAGCUCACGUUCUAAGGAAACUAUCUGCUUUCGAAAAUUGGUGUGACCUUGCUCUUCAUAUUGCCAUGGAUUCUACUGUUGUACUUGAAGAUAUUGAAAAAAUUGCAACUUAUACAACGGCUGGCGUUCAAGUCGACUAUCAUAACCGCAAGCAAAAGAAUUGGAAGCCAAUACUCCUGUUUAUACCUUUGAGAUUAGGGUUAUCUGAAAUUAAUCCGUGCUAUAUCGAACCAUUAUUGGAUACCUUUAACUCGGAAUAUUUCGUUGGUUUAUUGGGAGGAAGACCAAACCACGCACAUUGGUUUUUUGGUAAGUGCGAAAAUGAUCUAUUAUAUUUAGAUCCCCAUGUAUGUCAAGAAAAAGAUUUCGAGAACGAUGAAACAUAUCACUGUGACUAUGCUGGAAAAAUUGAUUGUUCUGGAUUAGACCCAUCUUUGGCCAUAGGCUUUUUAUUUGAAAGAUACGAAGCUCUACACGACUGGCAAUAUUUAGCCAGAGAAAAAUUUCAAAAACUAUUCGAAGUUGUUAAUAAUAGACCUAAACACUGGGGGAAAUUACAGCAUUAUUCACCCUUAAAUUCAGUAACUGUAUCUGUUUCUUCUGAGGACAAUUCAAAUGCAGGACAAAAUGAUAACAUGAAAGAUUUGAUAGAAAAAAGAGAAAAAAAUAAAGAAUCUUCUAUUCUACCCAGUUGCGAAAUUGUUGAUGAUAAUCUUUCUGUUACUAUUUAUAGAACAGAAUUAUGGGAUGAUGUUAAGGAUGAGGUUAAAACAGAUAUAAAAAAUAUAUUAGAUAGGAACGUGAAAAUCAUUAAUAACGUUGAGAAAGUAUCAAAUAUUAAUGAUUAUUUACCUAGUAUAUUUGAAAAUUUCUCCAAAUUUUGGGGUUAUCCAAUCCAAAGGAGAAACAAAGAGGAAGAAAAUGAUAUAGAGAAAGAUAAGAUAAACUAUAUAGAUAAAGACAAACUAUACAGUUUAAAUAAUAUGAAUAUUGUAAAUUGUAAUGAAACAGUUCUUUCGAAAGGUAAGACGGCUUGUAGAGAAAUAAUAUGUACAUUCUCUGAUAAAAUGAACGAAUAUCUUACUAAUAUAGCAACUUAUGUAAACGAUGGAUCAAAUACCUUUUUUGCAAAUGGAAGAGAACGAAGUGGGGGAUUCAAGUUGAAUAAUACAGACAGGAUAACAUCAGACUUUUCCGAUAUGUAUUCAAUGAAAUAUCCAAUAAUAAGUGAUGUUAAAGAUAGAUAG